GGUGGGCAUGCCGCCCGUGGCACUGCCUGGGCCUCUGGGGCGGCGGCGGCUCCACGCGCCGCAUCGUGGCCGUGCUGGUGGCGGCGGAGCUCCUCCUCGCCGUGCGGUGCGUGUUGUACGCGCUGCUGCCCCGCGCCCGGCCCUGGCUCGUGCUGCUGGUGGAGCCGCUCCACGGCGUCACCUUCGCGGCGAUGUGGUGCGCCACGGUGGAGUACGCCAGGCGCCUGGCCCCGCCCGGGACGGAGGCCAAGAUGCAGGCGCUGCUGAACGGGCUCUUCUAUCCCCAGAUUACAUCUCGUUCGCGGUCGGCUCCUUCGCCUGGGGAGCGCUGGUCCAACGGCCGCCCCAGGGCCUCGGGUUCAGGCGGUGCUUCUACCUCGACGCCGCGCUCAUAUGCGGCUGGCUCGCGGUGUGGCUCGCUGGGUGGUGCUCGAUUUCCCGGCGGCGCGCGGAAAACGAGAGGGGCUCUUCGAGGCCAGACGUUUCGGUGUGAAGUGCAUGCAAGAUUCAUAUUCGUCUCCACUGCGUCUUGGACUUCCUGGAGGGGGCGCCAAAGCGCCGAGGCGCAGUGCAGGCGCGUUUCCAAUCCUGGAGCUCCUCGGGGGACCAGGGAUGCCGACCAUGACCGCAGAGCCCUCUUUCGGCCACAGGCUGGCAGGGCCACCAGGGGCGUGCGCAGCGUGAUGUAG